AUGUCAUUAGGUGGGAGGAGGAGUUUUUCUUCUUCGUCUGAUGCUGAAAUUCCUAGUUUAGACAAAUUUCUUGUUAAGCGGCUGACGAGGCUCGAAAGGGAUGUGCUGGAAGCGAAGAACGCCCGAAAAAAAGCUGAAGAUGAAAAGAAAUUAAUUAUAAGCAGUGAUGAAAAGGUUCCAGAUUUAGGAAGUGUUCUUGUGAAACAUGCCUCGAAGCUCGAGAAAGAGGUUGAAGGAGCAAAAACAGGCGACAACAGGAAGAUUCAAAGGGGCCCGCGUGUGAACCAAGAUUUCAGUGAAGUUCUUCCCAGCUUGGAUAAGUAUCUCGUCAAACACCUAACAAGGCUCGAGAGAGAAGUUGAGGAAGAAAAGAAUGGCGAAAAGACUGCAUCUUUUUCGACAGAGAAAAAUGGGAAAGAGAAUGUGGACACGAACAAAACCGAAAAUAAGGACAUGGGCUCUAAGGUUUGUCGUAAAGGAGACUUUUCGAGUUAUGGCGAGAGUCUUGAUAAAGUUUUGGUAAAAAAGCACGUGUCGAAGCUGGAAAAGGAAAAGCUGAGUUUUUGUGGGGAUGAGGAAAUGAGGAUAAUAAAACCCAAGAGUAAAGCUGAGAGUAGUGAAGGCAGUUUGGACCAAGUUCUCGUCAAGCACAAAUCGAGGUUAGAGAGAGAAAAAAUAAUGCAGGUUUGUGUUGUUCACGAGCAACAGAGUAAAGAAGGGGAAAACAACACGAGACAUUCUGUUUCGCGCAGAGAGGCUCGGGAGAGAGAACUUCAGGCAGCAUGGGGUGGAUUGAGCUUAGGAAAUUCGAUGAGGCCUCAUGCCGCGUGGAUGAAAGCUGAGGAAGAAGAAAGGAAAAGGGCAAUGGAAGAACAGGCAGCAUGA